AUGGGCGGCUCCUACUACGACGAGGAGUACCGCGACACGCACUCCGAGUACGAGCUGAACCGCGCCGCCGGCUUCCGCAGCCGCGAGUGGCUGCCGCGCGGCUGCGACUUUGACGAUGCGGCGCGGCGGCCCGAGCCGGCGCUGCACGCGCGCGCGGGGCGCCGCUCGAGCGCCGUCGUCGUGCGGGAGGUGGAUCACUCGAGCGAGGGAGGCGUCGUUGGGAGGGCACUUGAGGGUUCCCCCUACCCGGCCAAGGCGGACCCCGCGCGGCUGCCCGCCGCGGGCCGCCGCGUCGUCGUCGUCCGCCGGUCCAAGGAGGAGGAGGACCGGUCGCUGUCGCCGCGGCGGCCCCGCGGCGGUCUCGUGGUCGAGGACGACUUCGAGGCGCGCGACGCCGAGCGCGUGUCCCGGGCCGUGUCGCGCAAGAACCAGCGGACGGGCGCGCGCGUCAUCCGCCUCGGCCGCGACCGCCGCGGCGACCUCGUCGUGCUCCAGGACGACCAGGGCGGCGACGAGGACGUCGUCGUCGUGCGACGGGGGAAUGGACGACGAGUCGUGCUCCAGGACGACGACGGCCGCGCGUACGACGACUACGAGGACUACGAGGACGACCCGGCGGACGAGGUCCGCCGGCCGCCCCGGGUCGUCUACAUCGACGAGGACACGGCGGACUCGAGGGUCCUCGAGACUCCGGCGAGCCCGCGGCGGCCCGUCGCCUGGGAGAUCCCGACGACCGUCAAGGACCGCGCGGCUCGCGCGACGCCGAGCGACAAGACGGCCUUCCUCCGCCGCGCGCCGACCGCGCCGGCGGCGUCGCCGCCGAAGAAGCGGUUGGAGGCGACGAAGAAGCGCGAGGCCGAGACCAAGGCCGCGAGUUUGCGGCGCUUCCUCCGGGACCAGCGCAGCAAGGCGCUCGCGGCCCUCGCGGAGAAGGCGGAGAAGGCGCGCCUCGAGGAGACGAGCGCCGACGACGCGCCGCCGGCGAGCGAACCGACCGCCGCGCGGCGCGACGACGAGGAGGCGCUCCGCAAGGCGGCGGAGGAGGUCCUGGCCGGGACGCUCGAGGAGCCGCGGACGCCCGCGGCCGUCGAGGCGCCUCCCGUCGCGACGACGGACCCGCGGUCCGCGUCGACGGCGCCGUCGCCGCCGACGUCCGCGACGGUCCUCGGCGCCGCGGACCACGCGGCGGCCGCGUUCCCGGCGAGCGGCGCGUACCCGGCGUCGCCGGACAUCGUGCGCCGCGUCGCCGCGGCCGCGGCGUCGCCCGUGAGCGUCGAGAUCGAGGCGUCGCUCCGCGAGAUCGCCGGCAUGGUCGAGGACCUGGAACGGGUCGCGGGCGAGCCGCUCGACGGCGAGUCGCCGCUCCGCGACGCGACGAACGUCGUCGAGCAGAAGCGCGAGCGGCUCCUGGACCAGCCGCCCUUCGCGUCGCGCCCGUCGGCGGCGCCGCGGCGGCGGAGCCCGUCGCCGACGAAGCUCGAGAAGAAGCUGCUGUGGACGUCGCCGUCGAGCUCGCCGACGGACGAGCGCGGCCGGCGCGACGCGCGCAACGCGCGGCGCCGCGCGCAGAGCCAGUCGCCCUACCUCGACCGCCUCCAGCGCGUGUCGAAGAAGCCGGACCUCGUGCCCGUCCCCAGCAGCAACGGCGACAUGGUCGACACGCACCUCAAGUCCAAGUCCGAGGUCGACGGGCUGAGGUUCAAGUACGAAGGCACGGAGUUCCGCGAGUCCACGGUCGGCAAGGUCAAGGGAGGGUCGAGACGUGGCCGUCGCCGCGGCGCCGCGAACCGCGACUACGACCGCAUCCUCGCCGCGGAGCUCGCGAACGCCGUCUACCGCGCCCGCGACUCCGCGGAGACGCCCGCCGGGAGGCGUCGCGACGACGACUGGCCCUGGACGGCGCUCUGA